AGUGUGACUCCAGUCUGUAGCUGCUUCAGUGAGUGUUAGCAUUAGCUAGCCUGUUAGCUUGAGUAGUUGGCUUAUCUUUAUUAUUAUUAUUUUACUGAAUAAAAUAUAAAAUACUUUAUCAUGCUUGCUGGUUAAACCCGUUGCUGCUAAAAGGCUAAACUUGCGGCUUAUAACUGUUAGCUUAGCAAGCUAACUAACAACUAACUGCCUCGCUAAACUGAGAAACUAAGCUAAGCUAAGCUAGUUAGCUAACUAGCUAUCUGACAGCUAGUUUAGAUUUGAGUAAUUUAGGGACAUAAAACACUACUAAAACGUCUUUAAACCCAUGGAUAAUUAAACUCUGCACCAUAUAGUCGUUAGAAAUGGUUCUGAAUGUUAUUAUUUGAGUAUUUAUGUAGUUUAUAGAGGAUAAUAAUUUCAGUAAGUGAGUUUUAUUAAGGUUUAUUUGAGAGUUUAUGGUAUAUUUAUAGUAUAAUGGUGAGUAUGGGCAGUAAGUUGUGGUGCCGGGCGGAGCGGCUGUGUCGCCACAUGCCCGUGGUGCUGAACACCGUGCUGGUGUUCUCCAUCACGGCCGAGGUGAGCUAUCUGGUGCUGGUGGAGGCUCCGCUGGAGCCCUCGCUGAAGAAGUCCGAGUGGACCUCCACCUGGAAGACCCUCCACCUGCUGGCUCAGUACUUCAUGCUGGGGAACAUCACCUGGAACGCCUGGCUGUUCCUGAAGACCAGCCCGAGUAUCCGCGGAGUGUUUCUGGGCGGUGAAAUUGUGGGUCAGGGGUGGAGGUACUGUUACACCUGUGAGACACACACACCUCCGCGGUGCUCGCACUGCUAUGACUGCAAUGUGUGCGUUCUGCGGCGAGACCACCACUGUGUGUUCUUCGGUCAGUGCGUGGGUUUCCGUAACUAUCGGUUCUUUCUGAGCUGUCUGUUCUUCAUGUGGUCCGGUCUGCUGUACGCCGUAGUCAUGAACGCUGAGGUCUUCAUCGUCAUCUUAAAGGAGGGCGUCACCUUUCACAGUGUCAUGCUGCUCAUGGUUCCCUGGAUUAUGCUGGUCACUGGUCAGGUGACCGCCCAGGCCUUCGCCUUCGCGUUCAUCGCAGACACCUGCGUGAUCGGCUUCCUGCUGGUCUCUGCCUUCCUCUUUUUCCACAUAGGGUUGAUGUUGAGAGGGCAGACUACCAGGGAGUGGUACUCCUCCCGCCGGCCCUACAGCCUCGGGACUCUCGCCAACAUCCGGGAGUGUCUGGGUGAACACUGGUUCCUCUGCUGGAUCUGCCCCCUCAUCCCCUCCCCGCUGCCUGGAGACGGCAUCAACUUCAAACUCACAGGUUCACUGGAGCCGGCGCAGUGAUGGCUGCAUGCAACCAAAUGUUUCUUGUGGUAAUAUGAAGCCAGAGUGAAUGUAAUGUAUCCAGAUGAGAGUAAGAUGAUCUAAUUUGAAGCACUGAUUUAGCUGAAAGAGCACUGAUGGAACAUUUACCAGCUUCCGAGGAACAGUUUCAUCAACUGUCUUUACCUCUUGGGUAUCAGCAAGCAAUUUUACUUUUGUUACUUCAGUUAUGCUUAUAUUUCCUCAUAUUUCCUCAUCACUGUAGAAGAAAAUGGAGAAAUUGUAUUAUUGGCCAUGAAUAAUGUUAAUGGGAUUGCCUUGACAUAUAUAUUAUGUAUGUAAUGUUCUGUAUGUAAUGUGGUGCAUUUAUUCCAUUUAUUCCAUUUAAAUCGUUCCAGUAUACUGUAAUCGUCCUCGUUGAUCCAAGUGAUGGAGGAGGUUUUGGUUCAGAUGUUAUUAUUUUUGUAUUCCCUUGUUUACCUUUUUUUUAUUUUAAACAUUAUUUUACAUGUCAUUUACCGUCUUAUGCAAAAGUUUGGGCAGCCUGGUAAAGUUAAAUAAGGUGUAAAUAAGGAAAUGUCUUCCUCAGAACACACAAAAAAACAUAAUUUCAGUUUAUUUUGUAAUGCAUAAUUUGCUUAAUUUAGCAUGCAAAUUAGCGUGCAAAAGUAAGACCAUGUAAUACCACAUUUACAUAUAUUUUAUAUAUAUAUUCUUUAUUUUCUUUUACGUUGUUGUUGUUAAAUUCGAAAAAUAAAUAGGAAUUGUGUCUAAAACGUAUAUUUGCUGUUUAAAAACAAUCCAGCAAAAUGCCACAUGUGCCCAAACAUUUAUGUAAGACAGUACAUGCCAAACAACAUUAAACCCGAAUGCCAAGGUACAACUGUUAUUUUCCAUUUAUAAAAAUAAAAAGAUUUUUUUGACAUGUAAAA